AAACUGUGUUUUAUUUUGGGGGUAGUUUUGUCCAAAUCACAAGGUUGCUGUUUCUUCCAUCGGAAAAUCACCCACUGCCUUCUUCCUUGCCUAAGUUUUGUCUUUGGGGUGAAAUAUGAAUUGCGAAGUUUGUCAGCUGAAGGAACUGGAAGUGGAAUCCUUCGAGAUACGCGAGGUUCUACGCUGCAUUUUACAUACUAUUGUCUUUCACCGUGCACUUGGUCUUAUCCGCCCUAAAGAUAUUGAUUUGGAGCUUUUCGACAUCACUUAUGUACAAUGUGGUGAAAUAGAGGUGGAAAAGAAAAUUGAUGAGACGAUUGAGCAUUUCAUAAGCUGGAUUGAUAAACAUCCCAACAAGAAAAGUCAGAUAUGUGUAUCCUUUUAUGAAGUCAAAAGCAAACAACCCUCUUGGUUCAAUAAUAAACAACGGUCCUAUUGGGAACAAUGGUACGUCAAUCUCAAUGUUCUUCACCAGACUAAAUCCCCUUCCCACCACUCCAAACUAGUUAUGGACACUGGAGAGACGUCUGAGGAAAGAAGUUCCCGUAGGACAAUGCUUGAGCAAUCCCUUCAAGAAGUCUUGUUUCAAAUCAUAAAAUUCGUGAAUGAGAAAAAGGACCACGUCCCUCCAAUCAACGACGGUGUAAUCUACUGCCCUUUUGAGAUCACUAUGCCAAGCUCAUCGGACUCAACCUUUGGGAUGGAUAUUUUCAAGAGGAUGCUCCACAGUGGUGGCCAUCCAUCCAUGCUCAGUUGAUUCAAAAUUUAAUUAGUAUAUAUACGGACGUAUACACUUGGUGUUACUUGGUCCAAUCAACACUUUCCUCUGUAUAUAAACAUUACGACUAUUAUACACUUGCCUCUGAAGUUGUUUAUAGAUAAUGUUUGGAAGUGAUAUAAACACAGACAAUGCAUUUCUUUGAAAA